CAUACAGUGUUCAUUCAUAGGAAAAUACCCUGACAGGCCUUCUCGGGUGUUAGUUAAUGCACAACAAUGGGUUGGCAAAGACCUUCCGAACCGGCAAUCCCGACCGUUUGGUACACAUUCCAAGCACCGGACCCGGACAACGGUGACCAGUUGGCCAACUACCGAGUGGAAGAUCUGACCGAGGAUCGCUACGAGGACACCAUCCGGCACUAUACCAACAACUUCGUCGAUGAUGAGCCGCUUUGCGAGAACAAGCAAUUAUCGCAGGAUGAGCAGUCCCUGGCGGAGAUUACGUUCUUCUGGCGCUGGUGCUUCGAAAAACGGAUGACGAUCGUUUGCUACAAGGAGGGCUCGAACGAGAUUGUCGGAGCGAAUCUGUUGAACGUGAAACACGUUGAUGAUAAAGAAAAGUGGGAUAUGGUUCAGAGCAAAAAGAUUGUGGACCUUUUGCUGACAAACGAAUACAUGACGGACCAGUUCAACAUUUUCCAGAACUAUGGCGUUGAUCGAUAUUUGACGGCGUACGGGUUGGCUAUUAACCAUCGCUAUCGAGGUCGGGGGAUUGCCACAGAAAUUCUAAGAGCAAGGAUUCCACUUUGCCGGGCGUUUGGAAUUCGAGUAACGGCCACCAAUUUCACUGCCAUUGGAUCACAGAAAGCGGCCGCAAAGAUUGGAUUCAAAAACGAUUUCGAAGUGACGUAG